UGAUGUCUGUCAUCGAGAUUUUGAAGGACUUCCUUUGGUCUUUUACGUCAAAAGAACGUGAACAUCUGUCCGAAUUCGUACUGAAUGCACGAAAUUCGAAUGUGAUAUACAUGUUUAUUAAAGAAAACAAUGGUGAAAAAAAAGGAUUUUGGACAAUAACCAACGAUUUUUGUAAAUCAGGGUUAUGUCAAACCAUCCUAGAUCGUUUAUGCAUGAAGCAUGAAAACAAAUCAAACACUGUCGUAUGGAACCCUAAUAGUAACCCGACUGAUUUGCAUAAUCUGAUUAAAAAAGAGAAGGUACGUUCAAAUCCUCAAUUGGCCAGUCAGAAAUGUUCUAUUUGCCCGGAAACGGGUUGCCCAUUCGAACUCAGCCGACAAGGUGUUUCUUUGAUUCAUGACAAGCAACAACAUGGGAAUGUUGAUAAGUUCUACUGGGAGAUUGCAAACAUGUUCAUGUUCCGUGGAAAUGAAAAAAAUAAUUUCCCGAACACUGGGCCUGAAGAUACAGACACUGCGUUGAUUUUCAAGCUAAUGAAGAAUUGCAAUUUGUUCUCCAUAGAUGACAAUGGAAUUUACGACGAGUUACUUGAUGUGAGAAAUUUGUUGAUGCACAGUGCUGAUAACCGCUUGACGAGCGAAGCUUUGGAUGAAUGCUUCAAGCGUAUGGAAAGUAUACUGAAAAAGGAAAAGUUCUUAAACUGGUAUAGCAGAAAGGCCGUUGAGGAACUUAAAAAGUUAAAAGACAUGAAAAUAAUAAUCUCAAAAAUGUCACCUGAAGAGAGUACGAUUGUCAAAGAGGCAUUUUCAAAGCAACGUGAAGCUUUAAAAUUUGACAUCGAGGUGGCAGACUCAUUGGAAAACAAAAUAUAUUUAGGAGGCAUCCUGAAUGCAAGCAUAAGAAAGGAACAGAGCAUCCGU